AUGGAUGGAGAUGAAAUCGUUCGUCCAGACUCGGACGCCAGAGUGCUCGCGACGUCGGCAGAGCGCGUCGUCGCGCGCCCGGCGCACGCCGACACGACGAGCGCGCCGGAGGGCCGAGCGGGCGCGUACACCGCGAUGCGCGCGCGGGCUCUACGGCGAUGCGCGGUGACGUGCGCGAGAGCGCGUUUGGGAAGAACGAGGAGUGACCGUUCGAGCGCGACGUUCUCGAGAGGCGACGGACGUUCGAGAGCUCGCGCUGGGUCCUUGGGGGUGGAGGGUGUCAACGCGCGUUCGUUCGUACGCGUCGGAUCGAGCGAAGGGACGUCGAGCGCGGUCGAGGGGGCUUGGGAGGCGAUUCGGAGGCGCGCGUCGGAGGCGCCCGACGCGCCUGCGACGCUCGCUGGCGAUGGCGGUUCGGCGACCUACGGAACAAUGAUGCGCGCGGCGUCGACGCUGGCGGAUGGGUUAAAAAAUGUGGUCGAUCGUGGGACGCGCGUGGGGUUGGCGGCGACGCCGGGGAGGGAGUAUUGCGCUUCGGCGUACGCAACGUGGGCCAGAGGAGGCGUCUUGGUGCCGAUAGCAAGCUCGCACUCGGAGGAAGAUGCGGCGUACGUGAUGGAGCAGAGCGGAAUGAAAAUCGCGCUCGUCCCACCGAAUGUGGACGGUGAAGAGGACGCGGAGACUUAUCAAAAGUACGCGAGAGCGGCGAAGAGAUUCGGUUUGGAAGUGGAACUGCGACACGUGGAGACGAUGGAAAAGUUACUCUCCUCGACUACGAGCACGGACUUCUCCGACGCUGAGAACGUCGGAGCAGACGACGGUGCACUCAUCAUUUAUACUAGUGGAACCACGGGACGUCCUAAGGGGGCACUGCACACUCACCGAUCCCUGUAUGCGCAAUGCGCUGGCUUGAUCGACGCUUGGCGAUGGGACGCGAGCGACAGGAUAAUACACGCGCUUCCGAUGCAUCACAUCCACGGCAUCGUCAACGCUUGGAUGUGCGCUCACAUAAGCGGUGCGACCGUCGAGUUCCAGCGCACUUUCACGCCUCGCGGAGUUUGGGCUCGGUUACGCGAUGAGUCCAAGCCCCCUGUGACGGUCUUCAUGGGCGUCCCGACGAUGUAUGUCAUGCUCAUGCGUGCGCUCCACGGAAGCAUGGCGCCCGACGCGCGCUUAGCAUCCAUCAAUGCGGCUUCAAAACUGCGUUUGACGGUGAGCGGCUCAGCGGCGUGUCCCGUUCCAGUCUUGGAGGAAUGGCGGAAACUCACCGGUAGAAGUUUGCUCGAACGUUACGGCAUGACUGAAAUCGGCAUGGCGCUUAGUAAUCCGUAUGACGAGAAGAAACACAAGCCGGGGUACGUGGGAAUACCUUUACCUGGGGUGGAGGUGAAACUCGCCCCGUUAGUCGGCGAUGAAGUCGCCGCCGAGGCUGCGUCGGACGAUGAAUACGCUCAAGGACCCGGCGAGCUACUCGUCAAGGGUGCAAAUUUAUUUGCGCAGUAUUACGACAAUCAGAGGGCAACUGCGGAGAGUUUCGACGAAGAUGGCUAUUUUAAAACGGGUGACGUCGCGGCCAUGUCGAGCGAUGGUUACUGGCGUAUUUUGGGUCGGGCAUCCGUUGACAUUCUCAAGGUUGGGGGGUUCAAGGUGAGCGCGCUUGAAAUCGAGGCAAAACUGCUUGAGAACCCAUCCAUCGCGGAAGUUGCCGUUUUGGGUAUCCCUGACGAAGCGUACGGACAGCGAGCCGCGGCUCUCGUCGUCCCCGCGAUCGAUACCGAGACCGGUCAACCCGUCAACUUGACCGAGAACGACAUCAUGACGUGGGUGCGUCACAACACGCCGUCGAAGCACCAUUUGCGCGUGGUGAAGUUCGCGGAAAAGGUGCCUCGAAAUGCCAUGGGAAAGAUAAACAAGAAGGAUCUGCAGAAGACGCAUUUUAUUGAUUGUUUUUAG